AGUAGCUGCAUUUACAAACAAAUAGAGGCUUAAACGAGGCCCGAUCAAUGUAAGUUGAUAUUUAACUGCUUGCUGAGCAAGUGCCAAUCUUUUACUCUCAGGAAUUGUGCCAUCCACAGUGCAUAGUCGCUCCUUUUUUGGACAAGGCAGCAAGUUUUUUUCUUAUUUAAAUAUAAGGCAUAUUUCCAGAUGAUCUGAGUUCCAUUAAACAAAGAGGGCGACUGAGCAGAGUGAAAGUGUUUGAGACCUGCAGACGAUACAGCAAAGAAAUUAAAGCAAAGUUGUGUUGUAAGGACAUGGACCGCUGCCUGACACUCCUGUUCAUCUGUCUCUGCAGCCAAGGAGCCAUUAAUGCUGAGGUGGCCCAAAAUGAUUCAGUCCCUUUGGUGCGUCUUAUUCCUUUGAUGCCCAGUCAUCCCAUAAAGACAGGAGGAGACAACAGCACGACACAACCACAAACUGCAGAUAUAACGGAAGCACCUGAAAUUACAACUAGCAGGUCCAACGCAACGUCGCUACAUGAAGAAGAAGAUGAGGGUUGUGUUUCUAUCGGUCGAAGCCCAAAGUCCCGGGAGACCAUCGCUGCUGCUAUUCAGAAACUGGGUGUGCAGCUGCUGCAGAACCUGGAGACAACGCCAGAGCAACCAAAUGUUAUUAUUUCUCCUUUAAGCAUAUCACUAGCACUCUCCCAACUGGCUUUAGGUGCAGUAAAUGAAACGGAGGAGCUGCUGAUGCAUCAUCUCCAUGAAAAUGCCCACCCCUGCUACCACCAGUCUCUGCAUAAUGUCUUAGUGCAGCUCAGAAACAAUGAUCUACACAUUGCCACACAGAUCUUUCUGCGCCAAGGGUUUGAGCCAAAGCAGGAGUUUAUCAACGAGUCUCGCAGAUUGUAUCACUCAGAACCAGCAAUCUUGGAGAGCCUGCAGCAGGUAAACGACUGGGUAGAGAAUGCAACACAAGGAAAGAUGACCGACUUCUUGCCUGCUUUGCCACCCAAUGUCCUCCUCAUGCUCAUUAACGCUGUCCAUUUCAAAGGAGAAUGGAAGGCUCGCUUCGACCCACGCUUUACCUCCAGAGGUGUGUUCUACCUUGAUGAGAAGCACAUGGUUGACGUUGAAGUGAUGGAAGAUGCCAAACAUCCUUUGAGUUUAUUUAUUGAUAAUGAGCUGGAGGCUCAGGUAGCGAGCUUUCCGUUCCUGAAGUUUAUGAAUUUGUUGGUGGUCAUGCCACUGUCUGGCCAGGUUAAUGUGUCUUCACUUUCUACAAAGCUGAAUAUCUCUGACUUGUAUAAGCGUCUGCCCAAAGAGAGAGCUGUCCAGGUUAAAGUCCCCAAAUUCAAGCUGGAGUAUGCUCAAGAAUUAAAGGAUGUUUUUAUCAAACUGGGCCUUGGAGAGAUGUUUUCCAGGCCCAACUUAGCUGAGAUGGCCGAUGGCCCCCUGCAGGUGUCCAGUGUGAUGCACAAGUCCAGCAUGGAGAUAAACGAGGAGGGUGCAGAAGCAGCUGCAGCCACCACUGUGGUUAUCUCAAGAGCAUCCAAUCCUGUUUUCCACCUCACUCAACCUUUCUUCUUUGCGCUUAUGGACGAUGUGACUCAAGUACCAAUCUUCAUGGGUGUCAUCAACAACCCCAGUCCUGGUGCUCCAAUCUUGCAGAAAGGAGACUCCGGUAACAAAGAUAAAGUGGGAUUCCCAAUCGACAAGAAUCACAUGGGUUCAUUUGGAGGCCCACCUAAGUAGGGACAGAUAAUCUGUACAUCUCUUUCAGGCAAACUCAGACCAAUGCAUUUAUGACUGUACAAACUAUUAGCUGGAUCAAAAUAUGUGUGAAAACAGAUGCUUCGUUAUUUUUGUUUCUUUCAUUACAAAAUAAACACAGCAAGGUGCCCAAUAUCCCCUUUAGAACUUGAAUAUUCCAUAAAAAAUAAUUUUGCUGCAUUACACAACACAUAAUAAAGAAGAAAAUCAAAUGUGAUUAAAUACGCAUAAAGUUUUCUAGUCAUAUUUGCAGAUGUUGAUGCUAAUCUUCAAUUUGAUCCAUUUUCCAUGGUGUCAACAUGCAAAGCCAAACUAAUCUGUUACAAUGUCAGAGUAUCACUGCAUCAGUUUGUAUGCUGUAUGUUUAAAUUUGUUGUCAAAUGAAUUAAUAAAUGGAACUGAUCUAAAUGA